CGCUCGCUCGUUCCCUCCCCCGGGCGGGCUCGCCGCUGACUCCGCCGCACGCUGCAGCCGCGGCUGGAAGAUGGCGGGGAACGACUGCGGCGCGCUGCUGGAUGAAGAGCUCUCGUCCUUCUUCCUCAACUAUCUCUCUGACACGCAGGGUGGGGACUCUGGAGAGGGACAGCUGUGUGCUGACUUACCAGAACUUGACCUCUCCCAGCUGGACACCAGUGACUUUGACUCAGCCGCAUGCUUUGGGGAGCUGCAGUGGUGCCCGGAGACGUCAGAGACAGAACCCAGUCAGUACAGCCCUGAUGACUCUGAGCUCUUCCAGAUUGAUAGUGAGAAUGAAGCUCUCUUGGCUGCGCUUACCAAGACCCUGGAUGACAUCCCCGAAGACGAUGUGGGUCUGGCUGCCUUCCCAGGACUGGAUGAAGGCGACACACCAUCCUGUACUCCAGUUUCACCUGCUCCCUUAUCUGCACCCCCCAGCCCCGCCCUGGAGAGGCUUCUGUCCCCAGUAUCUGAAGUGGAUGAGCUUUCACUGCUACAGAAGCUCCUCCUGGCCACAUCCUCCUCAACGGCAAGCUCUGAUGCUCUGAAGGAUGGGGCCACCUGGUCCCAGACCAGCCUCAGUUCCAGAAGUCAGCGGCCUUGUGUCAAGGUGGAUGGCACCCAGGACAAGAAGAUCCCCACACUGCGGUCUCAGGGCCGGCCUUGUACAGAACUGCACAAGCACCUCACUUCGGUGCUGCCCUGUCCCAGAGUGAAAGCCUGUUCCCCAACUCCUCACCCAAGUCCUCAGCUCCUCUCCAAGGAGGAUGAGGAGGUGGGGGAGGAUUGCCCAAGCCCCUGGCCAACUCCAGCCUCCCCCCAAGACUCCCUAACACAGGACACGGCCAGCCCUGACAGUCCCCAGUCUCCCGAGGAGGAUGUGAAGGCCAUGGUACAGCUCAUUCGCUACAUGCAUACCUACUGCCUGCCUCAGAGGAAGCUGCCCCAUCGGGCCCCAGACCCAGUCCCCCAGUCCUGCAGCAGCAACUCCUCCAAGCUGGUCUCACCCCGAUCCCGGCAUCCUCCCAAAGCCUUCUGGACUGAGUUCUCCAUCUUAAGGGAACUUCUGGCCCAAGAUAUCCUCUGUGAUGUUAGCAAGCCCUACCGCCUGGCCAUACCUGUCUAUGCUUCCCUCACACCCCAGUCCAGACCCAGGCCCCCCAAAGACAGUCAGGCCUCCCCUGCUCACUCUGCCAUGGCAGAAGAGGUGAGAAUCACUGUUUCACCCAAGAGCACCAGGCCUAGACCCAGCCUGCGUCCUCUGAGGCUGGAGGUGAAACGGGAUGUCAACAAGCCUUCGAGGCAAAAGCAGGAAGAAGAUGAGGAGGAGGAAGAGGAAGAAGAAGAGGAAGAAGAAAAAGAGGAGGAGGAAGAGGAGUGGGGCAGGAAGAGACCAGGUCGUGGCCUGCCAUGGACCAAAUUAGGGAGGAAGAUGGACAGCUCUGUAUGCCCCGUGCGGCGCUCCAGAAGACUGAAUCCAGAGCUGGGCCCUUGGCUGACAUUCACUGAUGAGCCCCUAGGUGCUCUGCCCUCGAUGUGCCUGGAUACAGAGACCCACAACCUGGAGGAAGACCUGGGCAGCCUCACAGACAGUAAUCAAGGCCGGCAGCUCCCCCAGGGAUCCCAGAUCCCCGCCCUGGAAAGCCCCUGUGAGAGUGGGUGUGGGGACACAGAUGAAGAUCCAAGCUGCCCACGGCCCCCUUCCAGAGACUCCCCCAGGUGCCUCAUGCUGGCCUUGUCACAAAGUGACCCUCUGGGCAAGAAGAGCUUUGAGGAGUCCUUGACGGUGGAGCUUUGCGGCACAGCAGGACUCACGCCACCCACCACACCUCCAUACAAGCCCAUGGAGGAGGACCCCUUCAAGCAGGAUGUGAAGCACAGCCCAGGUCAAGACACAGCUCCCAGCCUCCCCUCCCCUGAGGCUCUUCAGCUCACAGCCACCCCAGGGGCUUCCCACAAGCUGCCUAAGAGGCACCCAGAGCGAAGCGAGCUCCUGUCCCAUCUGCAGCAUGCCACAGCCCAGCCAGUCUCGCAGGCUGGCCAGAAGCGCCCCUUCUCGUGCUCCUUUGGAGACCAUGACUACUGCCAGGUGCUCAGGCCAGAGGCUGCCCUGCAGAGGAAGGUGCUGCGGUCCUGGGAGCCAAUCGGGGUCCACCUUGAAGACUUGGCCACUCUGAAGCAGGGGGCCACUCUGCCCACAGAAACAAAGGCCCCUAGGAGAGAGGCAGACCAGAACUGUGACCCUACCCCCAAGGACAGCAUGCAGCUAAGAGACCAUGAGAUCCGUGCCAGCCUCACAAAGCACUUUGGGCUGCUGGAGACUGCUCUAGAGGACGAGGACCUGGCUUCAUGUAAAAGCCCAGAGUAUGACACAGUUUUUGAGGACAGCAGCAGCAGCAGUGGCGAGAGCAGCUUCCUGCUUGAGGAAGAGGAGGAGGAGGAGGAGGAGGGAGGGGAAGAGGACGAUGAAGGAGAGGACUCAGGAGUCAGCCCUCCCUGCUCUGACCACUGCCCCUACCAGAGCCCACCAAGUAAGGCCACCCGGCAGCUCUGUUCCCGCAGCCGCUCCAGUUCUGGCUCCUCCUCCUGCAGUUCCUGGUCACCAGCCACCCGGAAGAACUUCAGACGUGAGAGCAGAGGGCCCUGUUCAGAUGGAACCCCAAGCGCCCGGCAUGCCAGGAAGCGGCGGGAAAAGGCCAUCGGCGAAGGCCGCGUGGUAUACAUUCGAAAUCUCUCCAGUGACAUGAGCUCUCGGGAACUAAAGAAGCGCUUCGAGGUGUUUGGUGAGAUAGUAGAGUGCCAGGUGCUGAUGAGAAGUAAAAGAGGCCAGAAGCACGGCUUUAUUACCUUCCGGUGUUCAGAGCAUGCUGCCCUGUCCGUGAGGAAUGGCGCCACCCUGAGAAAGUGCAACGAGCCCUCCUUCCACCUGAGCUAUGGAGGGCUCCGGCACUUCCGUUGGCCCAGAUACACUGACUAUGAUCCCACAUCCGAAGAGUCCCUUCCGUCAUCUGGGAAAAGCAAGUACGAAGCCAUGGAUUUUGACAGCUUACUGAAAGAGGCCCAGCAGAGCCUGCAUUGAUAUCAGCCUUAACCUUCGAGGAAUACCUCAAUACCUCAGACAAGGCCCUUCCAAUAUGUUUACGUUUUCAAAGAAAUGAGUAUAUGAGGAGGAGAGCGAGCCAAUGAGCGAGCGAGCGAGCGAGCGUGAGAGAACACACAGGAGAGAGAGACUUGAAUCUGCUGUCGUUUCCUUUUAAAAACAAAUCAAUGUUUACAUUGAACAAAGCUGCUUCCGUCCGUGAGUUUCCAUGCUGUUGAUGUUCCACUGCCACGUUAGCGUCGUCCUUGCUUCCAGCGGAUCGUCCUGGGUGCACCUCCAAGUGCUGUCAGUCAUCCUCUGCCCCUCCCACCUGACUGACUUCCUUCUGUAGACUUGAGCUGUGUUCACAUAACAUCUUCUGUCUGUAGUGUGUGAUGAUGAAAUUGUUACUUGUGAAUAGAAUCAGGAUUAGAAACUCAUUUUUAACUGAAGAAAAAAAAAGUAUAUCCUUAAAAAAAAAAAAAAACAAAUGUAUUUAUGGCUCAGAUCUACUGUGCCUGGGAUUAUCGUAUUGCUUCCUUGAUUGUUUAACUAUGCACUGUCACGAGGUGUUUGCUACUGAGCUACGCUGCUGCUUUCCUGGCCCAUUAAGUCCUGGAGGUGCUGGGUGGCCACUAGGUCCCCAGAAAAGAGGGGCUUGCAGUCACAGGUAUGAAGAAGAGAGAGGUGUCCAGGUAUCUUCUACCAAGUCCUGGUGUCUUUUAUUUUGAGUGAGUUCCACUCAAGUUAUAGUGAGAAUCCCUUUCCUUUGUCUACCCACACUGGGAGGGUGCCUGUCUUUAGUGCUCAGAGCCUUGAGUGCCUGUAAAGAAGGCAGAGUAAGCUGUGUUAGACCCAUUCCACAGGGAAAGAGGACAGUCCCCUGAGAGGUGCAGUGUCCUGCCGGAGGUCCCAUAGCCAGGGAGCAGGCAGAGCAGUGAUCCACACCAAGCCUCCUGACUCCUGGCCCCAGCCUGCUGCAGUAGUUAGCAUAAAGAUUCGAAAGUCGGAGGCUGGAGGACUGGAAUUAGCUAAACUGAGCAAUAGGCUAGAAGCCCUGAUAGCUCAUUUGAGAACUGGGCCACCAGUUGACUCACCAGCAUGAAGGCAAAUUGAAGGUUCACCACCAACUCGGGUGUCCUGUGACUUAUCCUGCCUGCAAAUACCUCUCAAGGCUCUGAGACACAUGAGAGUGGUGCCCAGACGUCACCUAGGAGCAGUCCUAUGGGGCAAGGAUGGCAACUGGCAGCCCAUCCCAUACUCUACAGUGUCCCUGCCUGCCCCUCCCCUGUAAAGAUAGAGGUGCCGAGUGAGGAGCUGCACAGGUUUUGGGGGUGGACAAGGCCCUCCCCAGGAGCAUUCACAGUGAGCUCCUCUUCAACCCAUUCUUGACUACUGUCAAAGCCAUAUCCAGUGUGACAUUCUCUGGGUUCCCAGGAGCCCUUCGUGAGGGAGAGCCAGCUAGGCAGAGGAUCAGUUCUAAUGCUUCCUAUAGAUCAGUUCCUUCUUGGUCUUGUGACAUUUUCUUUCUUUCUCCCCAUCCCCCUCCCCACCCAAUGUUCUGCCAAAUAGAAAGUUUGAAAGUAAACGACUCAUUAGACCACCCAAGCUAAAUUAAUCAGCUGCUAAUGCCAGGCUUAUUCCUUUGAGAAUUGGUAGUUAAUUUAUUUAUCUUUUUUUUAUAUUUUUUGAGAUUAUCAAAUACCUCAGUAGAGAAAGUGAGCCAUGAUCUUGUGCUUGGUGUUAGGAGAAGUCUUCACCCGUAGAUAAGGAGGCUGGCUCUAGCAGAAAUAGGGAAACAGAGUAUCUGUGUGUCAAAUCCGUUGACCUCCCUAAACCUCAGUUUCCCUUUCUGUGAAAUGGGCUGAGGAGCCAAUUAAACAGCAGAAGUCUUAGCUGAUGCUCAGGCAGUGUAUAGUCACAGUUAUGCCUCUCCCCACAUCCUUGGCCAAUGCAAACAUAAUUAAUUGAUCGUAACACUAAUCUUUUUGAGCCUGAUCAUGCUUUUAGAAUGCACAGUACUCUGGGAAUUCAUUACUAAUUGGCUGGUGUUUAAUUGAUCUGACAUCCUGUUCUGAUCUUUGGAGGACUAUCAUUGUAGAGCCAUAUAUUGGCUGGUUUUUAUGCUGGCCAUCCCUGUCAUAACCUGAUCCAUGAAAAAAAAAAGUCCCUGAAGCCAUUACUUGGUAAAGAACUCCCCAAAGUAUUACAAAACAAAGUAGUACAAAAAGAAAGGGCGGAGUAGCAUACGGGAAAAUAACUGGAGGUGUGGCUUCUAAGGAUAGAUUCAAAAAGGGACUUUUCACAGCACAGAUCCAAUCAUUCUGAAUUCCUUUAUAGUUAUUCAUUGCCUAGCAUAUGGUAGGCACAUGGAAGAUGGGUAUGGAGUGGAAUUGUUCUUCAGUUGCAUCCACUAAAACAGGGGUUCUAAUUGCAGGGGAAAGCCAGUGUUCACUGAAAUCACCCAAAGGGGAAGGGAUAAGAUUUAAUCUGGAGAGCCAUUUAAAUUCUGACCCCACCAAGAACUUCUUUUGUGGCUUUAUGAGUCCCUUCUUCCUGGGCCUCAGAGUGUAGGAGUUGUCCAGGGAACCAUGGGCUCUUAGCAUCUGCUUCUGCAGUUACACUGAUAGUUUCUGGAGUAAAAGAACAAAUUCUUAAUAAACACUAAGCCUUUCUCUCCCCAGCCAGGGUUAACUGUAGCUGACCAGUCAGUUCACUCUCUGGCACUCAAAGUCACUUAGAUGUUGUUCUUGAGCAGAGCUGAUGCCCACCAAGGGUUUCUAGUAUUGUCCACUUUCCCUCUCAUAAAAAUGAACUACCAGCUCUGCAGAUAACCUCUCUCUCUCUCUCUCUGGAAGAUCCAUUCGGUGCUGCAUAUAAUUUACCAAGGAGACUGUCAGGCCCCUCCAAGACCAGGAAUCCAUCUUGGUCUCUUUCCCAUCAAAUCAAGGAGUAACCCAGAGGGAGCAGCCACCAUGGGCAACCUUCUCAUUGUAGCUGUCGUGAUGUGUCUCAAUGAUGUUUACGUGUGAUUGCCAUACAGCUUCCUAUAAACCCUAUAGACUGUUGACAGCAGCCUGGGGACGGGCAGGCUCCGAGUCAUAUCUCUGCUGUGCUAGUGUUUUCUAGAAAUGUCCGAUCUAAUCACUAAGAGGAAUUCUCCCAUCUUCUUCCUCAGUCACUACAAGGCUGAAUCAGUCUUCUCUCUCAAGGGACUCUGUUACUGAAGGAAAAUGCAUCAAAUAGGUAAACAUGAGUGGAUAGAGUACAGCCAAGGUCUCCACUCCCCAUCCCUGACAUCGCUUGUGGCCCCAGCCAGAAAAAUGCUUUGAGUCAGAAAGUGCCCAUCCUGUGCCUGUGUCUCUGUUGAUCUUUUAGAAUCUGGUGAACAGCAAGGCUCCAAGGGUGAUAGGAGGACUGCUUUGAGCCAACCACAAAGACUUAGUCCUCAAGACCUAAUAUGGCAAGACGUGCAGUAAGAUGUCCCUGUGACCCCAAGCCCUGCAGGUCAGCAUUUGGGGGAAGAUGUCAUAUGCCUGCUCUACAGGUGGUAAAUGGAGAGAACGUGCAGGUAGCCCGUUCCUUUUACAUGGCCAGCUCUCUCCAGGGUCUGUCCUGGCCCUCGAGUUUAGUUCACCUUUCAGCUGACCCUGCUGCUGCAGAGGCAAGGGCACCUCUCUGUAAACUGGAGUCACCCUUAAAGGGUGUGUUGAUGUGAUUCACUGAGUUCAAAAGUAUUUUUCUUAAUGUUUGAUCUUUAUCGGUUGUGAUCAUGUUGAGAAAGCCAUAUUCCAGUGUCAAGCGUGACAAUGGAAAGGGAUUGGGUGUGUGAUAAUAGAGUGAACCUGUUGGUGUCAUUAGCCAAAGAAAAGAGAUCCCUCUACCCUGCUCACUGGGGUAGAAGGAAGAAACUAAUUAGUCCUUAUGUGCAAUAUAUUAACACUGCCCUCCAAUUCCCUGAGGGUUUUGUACACAGAUGAACUCCAGGACUGUUUGGAGUAUCUGGGGAUACAGGGUAAGGGCAGGAAGAGCCUGGGAGAGAAACUUGCAUGCACAGAGGUGGCCUUGGCCUUGAACAGAUGGGAGUGUGGGCAGGGUGCCCCUGACUCUAGCUGCGAGACACCGGAACACACCGGACGGCACACCGUCCGGGAAGCGGUUAACCAGACCCUUUGCACUAGUCGACGAAAGCACUUUGAGAAAUCUGACACUUCAGCCUUGCUCUGCAUUCUCCUCUGGUAAACCCGUGUGUAUCCUUUAACUGGGUGAGGUGCUGUCCUGAAGGCUGGGUUAGGGGAGAGGGAAGGGGGCUAGCGUGAGAAAGAAAACAGAGGCAUCUUUCAAGAUAGUAGCCACAAGAGAGUCUGCCUGCCGACAGCCAGCCCUUGUCUGGCUGCUCUCCUAGAAGCUCAAGAGACAGAAUGAUGGGUUUACAUCUUGGUAUCCACUUUUAUAAAAAACUAAAGAAAAGCCUAGCCAAUUGCAAUGCUCCGUGAAGCAAUCUUCCCUUUACGUUUCUUAUUUACUGUGUGAACUUUAGGCCCCUGUUCCUAGAGCAAAUGAGGCUGUCCAAUGAUAACAGAGCCAGGGGAGCCCAGAGUUCUACUUACUCUCUGGCUAGACCAGGGUGUGUGUAUGGGGGAAAGGCACUCUCUCCCAAGGGCAUCAACCUCCAAUAGGAUGAGAUCCACAUAGUCCUGGCUGAGGGGCCUUCUACAAGGAGGCUAGCUCCACAGGACAGAUCCAAGCCAUAGUCUAUUGUGGGAUGGUAAAGAGUUAACCCUCAUUGCCUCGUUGACAACCUCCAGUCUCCAGUUAGCCUUGUCAUCUUCCCCACCGAACAGCUUUUUUAAUCUGAAUGUCGUGACCACUUGGCCGUCUCUUGCUUGCUUGCGGAUAAUACUAGCAAUACACUUGUUUUCUCCAAAUGACUCAACUUAGACCGUUUUCACACAUUGCUUUCAAAUGAUUAUAAGACACAUCAGGCAGCAGGAGGCAUGGAUCACACUGCAUAUGUUUAGGGCAGCUUUUGUUUUGGGGGGGUUUGUUUUGUUUUGUUUUGUUUUUAAUUUUUAAUGGUAUAGCAGCAGUGACCGAGCCUUUGGGAUUUGGGGAGACAGAUUUUUCACAAAGCCAUUUCAUCAGAAUGCCUUGACUGUUGGAAUGAGUAUGGAAUCCAUAUGCCCAAGUCAAGGGGCUUGCAACAUAUGGUUUCUAGGCAGUCUCUACAACAGCUCCUCCAAAAGGUAUACAUGUGGCUACAACCCCUCCGUGCCAUAUUUUUAUUUCAUCAAAGGAUUCUCCAAGGAAGCCUUAACAAGCCUCCUUUCUCCCUUGGCUGGCCUUGGGUAAUGUUCUUGUGGAGGGGUUUGGUCAGCACUUUGCCUUAUCAAUGUGUGGUUGCCAACCUAGUGGCCAAAGACUGGUGUCCACCAGACACUGAGAUGGAAGGCAAAAUAAGAUCCUUUGGUCAGCCACCAUGCCAGCCCACAUUAACUUGGCAGUGAGAUACAGCAACACAAGUGAGUUGUCCUGUGUUCAGUACCAACUCAGAAAAUCAUCAGCUGCCUAGCGGCUUAUGUAGUCCAGGAAAUGCACUAGUUAUCCUGUGGAAGACGGGAUGGGGUUGAACCCAGCAUCCACAUGUCCGGAGGGGUUUACUGUAACUGCAAUACUGACAGCCUAGCUGCCAACCUUGUUAAGUGAACCUCUCCUAGGUGGCCCACAUGGUACCUUGCGGACAAGCAAAGAAGUUAUGUAUGAGGAUUGUGGGGGGGGAAGGGAGCCUGGCCAUGACCUUUGAUAUGGUCCACUGAAUAGCCAAACAGGUUUGUUUGUUUGUUUAAUUUGUUUGUUUGUUUUGUGUUUUGUAUUUUCGAAUCUCGUCCAAUGUUUUUGUGUUAGGAAUAAUAAGUCAUAAACUACUCCCACCUUGGUUUCUGAAGGGGUGUUCUGAUUCCAGUUGGAACAAGUUGGAAGUCUCAAGGGAGCAUGGUCUGAGGAGUACGUGAGACAGGGCAACGGAGCACGUGGGGUUCCCGGUGGUUGCUAGGAAAGAUGACCAUCCGGAAGUCCAACCCCAUGCAAGUGAGUCCAGAGGUUCAUACCUGCCUACUUGUCUCCCGCGGCCUUUAAGCACUGGCCUAAAGCACGUGCUUUUGUUAGAAGCAACUGCUGAGGUUGAAACCAAGACUACCCAGCUCCCUAACCCCUAGGUUUCAAGAGAUGCUGUCUGUAGCUAGCCUUAAUGGACUGGGCGAGGUGGUUUCUGUGCUCCCUUCCAACGGUUCCAAAUCUUGGACUCAAAACCCUUUUCUCUGAGUGUGACCAUGCAGCCUAGACACUUUUGAGCAAUUGGGAAGCCAGGGCUUUCCUUGGCUCUACGACAGGGUCAAACCAGGGAAUGGCUAAACUUGAGAGGUUUGGUCAUGCCCAGGGUACUACUGUAGGGGGCACUAUGUAUUAUGGAGCUCAACAAGGUAACUGUAGCCUGGGGUGCGUGAAUGUAAGGCUGGGUUUGUGUGUGUGCAUGUGUGUGUGUGUGUGUGUGUGUGUGUUGUUACAUUGAUGCAUUUCUUGAGAAAGGUGCAAGAAUUUCACCUAUACAGAGGGACACAUCUGCUUUAUUAUUUAUAAUAGAAGCUAAAUUUUAAUUUUUUAAAGGACACUGCUAAUGAUUGAAAAAUCGAGUUUUUAGUUUUGCUAUUUUUUUUAAUUGGUAGAAGAUUUUUAUAUAUUUUUUCCAUUUCGUUGAGUUGUGUCCUUAUUUAUAUAAAUACUAUAUCCGUGAGAGGCGAGGAAGAAGAACUUCUUUGCUCUUAAUUAUUGUGGUUGUCAUUGUCCCUAUUUUGUUUCUGGCGUGAUUUAUCCGUCUUCUAAAUGAGAAACUGUUUUCCUGUAUUUGUACAUUGUCAGAUUCUAUAGUUUCGUAGAUAAUUUAACCAAAUUGCUCUAUGUAUUAUUAUUCUGUGAGUAUAAAGUUCUAUUUUAACGUCUGUAAAUACUUCAGAACUGGCUUCUCAGCUCCCACUGGGGGGCUAUUGUUUACAUCACAAAAAACUGUAGAAUCUCUAUGCUCAUGUACUGUAAAUAGUGAAGUGAUCUGCUUAUAAAUAAACCGAACAAAUACACUAUGGAAAUUAAAAAAUACCACCCACA